CCGGGGUUUGCCAUACUCGGAUCGCCGGCUGGGGCCGGGCUCCGGGCCGAGUCUGAGGGCCGGGAUGUCCCGGAGCCCCCCCCCCCGCCUCCUUUUAUGGAGUGGGGGGCGCGCGGAGAGCCCCGGGGCCAUCUGGGCGCCGUUCCUGGCGGCCCUUCUCCCCGAGGGCACGCGUGGCUCUGGGUCCGCUCUACCCCCUGUCCCCACCUGGCGCCGCUGACUUCCGGGAAGGCUGGGGCCACAGACGGUGAGGGUCGUCCGGAAGCUUCUGGGCAGGCGGGGAUGCAGAGCUCACCCCGCCUUGGGGCUUCUCAGGUCCUGCAGCUCACGGCCAGUUCCGGGUGGUGGUCCCUGGACCGCAUUCCCUCUCGUUGUUCUGAUGGCUCAGUGACGACUCGGCCAGAGCAGGGGGACCUGGGUUGGUCCUGACCACUCAUGGCACUUUAGGGCUCUGCGACUUCUGUCCCCAUGUUCACUCGUUCUCCCGCGAAAUAAAGGGUGUGAGUGGCACAACAGCCUGACCGCUAACCUGUGGGAAGAAACUGUCUCUGCUGUUAGUCCCCUUCUCCACCCCUUCCUAUACCCGACUUAAAUACUGCAGGUGUGGUCGACACCCUGCUGAGUGGCGAUGGGUGGUCUCUGGCAUGCCUCCCCUGGUGAGUCAGGACCUGGGAGUGGGGGUCCUCACAUUGAAGACACUUCGGUUGGUUGCAUUCCUCAUCCCCCACAGCCGUGUGCAGGGGUUUGGUCAGCUGGGCUGAGCAGCUAAGGUCUCAUGUGCCACUCAGACAUUGCUGGCCAACCCCAAACCCCUCUCCAACCUGAGGCCUCUGCGUCCCAGGUCCUGGCUAGCUGAGUGGGAUCAGGCAGGAAGUCCAGGCGAUGCAGACUUAGGAGGAGCAGUGGACCCCAGGGGUGCCCAGCCACAGUCCUUGGCCCCCCUUAUCUCACACGCCACCACCGCCACCACCGCCUGACCUCCUUCUCACCUCAAAAAAGUGGUUGGAGCUGUUUCCCGUGGGGUGGGGGUGGGCCGUCUCAGCUGCAGGCCCAGUGAGAGGAGCAGGGAUGGGGGUGGGGCACCCUGGGCCCCAGGGUAGAGUUUCAGAUUUGUUUGUGCCUGCAGGAGGCACCAAGGGACAGGGUGGGGCACCCCCUUCGCUAUGACAUUCAGGUCACCUAGGCAGCCUGCAACUCAGCUUGUCCUGCUCUGUCCACUAGGAGGGUUAGGAGCCUAGGAGGUGUGUCCGGCCUAGGUGGUCGCAGGGGUCUGGGGCAGGCAGCUGAGGCUCCUGUCCAUCUGUCUUGCUGAGCCAGGCAAAGCUGGUGCUAUUAACAUUAGGCGCAGGCCCAGCAGUGAUCCUCUUAGGCGCGUGUCUGGCAGAUCCCUGAGCCUCUCCGGCUUCAAACCCAACCUGCUGCCCUUCAGCCAUGGAGGGCCGGCGAGGGGCAUCUGAGUAUCUAGGUGGCCCCAGGGGGCUGCUGAGGGUCUGAGAGGGCGCACACACCUGUGCCAGCCAUGAACAGCCCCCCAACUUACCCUGGCAUCAGGAUCUCUGGGUGUUGGGCCCUAGGAGCAGAAAGCAGCAAUGCCGAAUCCCUGGACAGACUGCUGCCACCUGUGGGAGCUGGCCGCUCACCUCGGAAGCGUACUACCAGCCAGUGCAAGUCAGAGCCACCGCUACUGCGCACCAGCAAGAGGACCAUCUACACAGCCGGCCGGCCACCUUGGUACAAUGAGCAUGGCACUCAGUCCAAGGAAGCUUUUGCCAUCGGCCUGGGAGGAGGCAGCGCCUCUGGAAAGACCACAGUGGCCAGGAUGAUCAUUGAGGCCCUGGAUGUGCCCUGGGUGGUACUGCUGUCCAUGGACUCCUUCUACAAGGUGCUGACCCAGCAGCAGCAGGAGCAGGCUGCCCGCAAUGACUUCAACUUCGACCACCCUGAUGCUUUUGACUUUGACCUCAUCAUCUCCACGCUCAAGAAGCUCAAGCAGGGCAAGAGCGUCAAGGUGCCUGUCUACGACUUCACCACACACAGCCGCAAGAAGGACUGGAAGACUCUGUAUGGCGCCAAUGUCAUCAUCUUUGAGGGCAUCAUGGCCUUCGCAGACAAGACGCUGCUGGAGCUCCUGGACAUGAAGAUCUUUGUGGACACUGACUCAGACAUUCGCCUUGUGCGGCGGCUGCGCCGUGAUAUUGGGGAGCGGGGCCGUGACAUUGAGGGUGUUAUCAAGCAAUACAAUAAGUUUGUAAAGCCAGCCUUUGACCAGUACAUCCAGCCUACCAUGCGCCUGGCUGACAUCGUGGUGCCCAGAGGGAGCGGGAACGCAGUGGCCAUCGACCUGAUAGUGCAGCACGUGCACAGCCAGCUGGAAGAGAGGAAGCUGCGUUGGGAUCUGGCUGCGCUGGCCUCGGCGCACCAGUACCACCCACUACCCCGCACACUGAGUGUUCUGGAGAGCUCGCCACAGGUGCGGGGCAUGCAUACCAUCAUCAGGGACAAGGAGACCAGCCGUGACGAGUUCAUCUUCUACUCCAAGCGGCUCAUGCGCCUGCUCAUUGAGCACGCGCUGUCCUUCCUGCCCUUCCAGGAUUGUGUGGUGCAGACCCCACAAGGGCAGGACUACGCUGGCAAGUGCUAUGCAGGGAAGCAGAUCACAGGCGUAUCCAUUCUGCGGGCGGGUGAGACCAUGGAGCCUGCACUGCGUGCUGUGUGCAAAGAUGUGCGCAUUGGCACCAUCCUCAUCCAGACCAACCCACUCACCGGGGAGCCUGAGCUGCACUACCUGCGGCUGCCCAAGGACAUCAGUGAUGACCACGUGAUCCUGAUGGACUGCACUGUGUCCACGGGUGCUGCAGCCAUGAUGGCGGUGCGUGUGCUCCUGGAUCAUGACGUGCCUGAGGACAAGAUCUUCCUGCUGUCGCUGCUCAUGGCGGAGAUGGGCGUCCACUCAGUGGCCUAUGCCUUCCCCAGCGUGCGCAUCAUCACCACGGCUGUGGACAAGCGUGUCAAUGACCUGUUCCGGAUCAUUCCUGGCAUCGGGAACUUCGGCGACCGCUACUUCGGCACAGACGCAGCCCCGGAUGGCAGCGACGAGGAAGAAGUGGCCUCGGUGGGCUGACCCACCUGCCCCCUGACUAUCCUUGUCUGGGCCAGGUGAAAGCUCAGCCUAGUGUUAUGGCUGUCCCCAAUGCAGUGUGCCUGGUGUGUUUUACAAAACCAAUAAAAGUUCCAGGGAUGCA